UACAUCUUCCCGCUCGAUACUUCAGUAGGUCGUACAUUUGUAUGACCGCUUAGGGCCAAGACAUCAAACGUACGACUAACAUCGAUGAGGAACGUUUAUGCGUUUAUUUUUUCAAGUGUCCUCUUCGAUUGACUGCAUGGCUGCCCUUUUACAAACCAUGGAGGAUCGGAUUGGGUCGUUGGAGCGGGAGGUAAAAAUGGGUAACCUUAAGCUAUCCAGAAUGUAGGAAAAAUUGGACGAGCAGACACGGCUAUUGUCGAUGUUGAUCGAGCAAACAGUAGCUGCUCGACAACCCGAUGCGGAACGACAUUCGGCGAAUGAAGAUGAGGUACAGGAGCAGGUGCCGCAGCCGAGCAGCGAAGAGCACAACGCGAAAAAUGAAACGGAAGAGGAUCAGGAUGACGAGCAGGAACGUCAUGAGGAGCAUGAGGCAGCGCCAGAAAUCCCGGUUCUGCCAAUAAGAACCGUGAAUGACUUUUUUGUAUUGAACUCUAGCUGUGCCAGAAACGAAGAGUUUGUACAGCAAAUGGCGGAAGAAUUACAACAGGAGGUGGACGCAUCGCAAACGAGAGCCCGGAACGUCAGCCAAGAAGCGAUAGAUGUAUUUUUGCUGACUUACAGGAGUACACCUAAUAAGCUGUUAGAAAACCAGAAAACUCCAGCGGAUGUUAUGUUCAACAGAAGGAUACGCACAACUUUAGAGCUGCUACGAUCACCACCGCGACCAUCGCCAAGCACGUAUACUUCUGAGCAUAAUCCCAGAAAGUUCAACGCUGGUGAUCCUAUAUAUGCGAAGCUUUAUGAAGUCAACAAAUGGAGCUGGGUUCCUGGUGUGAUUGAAGAGCAGAUCGGAUGUGUGAUAUUUAAGGUUUUAACCACAUCUGGCAGAACGCUCCGUUCACACAUAAAUCAGCUGCGUCAUCGGUACAACACAAAUAAUCAACUAGAUGAAAUGGAGUCUACAAUGUUCUUCAAUGGAUUGUUAGAUGCUUGGGGUAUUAGUCAAUGUUGUUCCUCAUCACCAGUACCUGAUGCCUGUUCCAACCCUAAGCCGUCCUUGUAUUAG